GGCUCACCUAAACUUGAACGUUUUACGCCGGACCAGUGCGAUAUCUGUACUUCAUUUGCCAACCUGACUGAACAAAAUGCAACCACCCCCCUUACCACAUCAGAGCGGACAUCCUACAUUUGAUGGCGGAAAUGCUCCUUUCGGAGUACAGUAUACCCAACAUGGUUAUUUGCCCCAUUCUGGUGGAUAUCCUCCUUUGAAUGCUGGUGACCAACGCCAACCACCAUGGAUGCCGAAGCCAGACGUCCCUUAUUGUCCUCCUGGGCUGGAAUAUCUGACGCAGCUUAAUCAGCUUAUAAUAAAGCAAAAGAAGGAAUUACUUGAAAUUGUCACAAACAUAGAAACGGCCAACAAGUACGUUUGUUUGAACACUCAUGGUCAGGCCGUAUAUUAUUGCGAAGAAGAGUCCGAGUUCUUCAUCCGUAACUGUCUUAAAGCCAGUCAUCCGUUUGUCAUGCACAUCAAAGAUAGCAAUGGAGUUGAGGUAAUCCGAGUUCGUCGACGAUACAAGUGUUUGUGUUUGUGGCAAUGUUUCAGCUGUAUCGAUUGCUGUCAGGAUGAGUUAGAAGUGGAGGCCCCGAUCGGUCAACUUGUUGGCUAUGUGAAGCAAGUGUACCAUGGCUGCAGCAUCUGGUACGACGUGAAGGAUGCAAGUGGCCACAUUGUCCUGCGCAUCCACGGCCCGUCCUAUUUUCACUGCACAUGCUUCGGUGAAGACAUAGAUUUCAAGGUUCUAUCCGUCGACAACACCACAGAGGUCGGUCUGAUCAAAAAGCAAUGGACUAACAUUAUACAAGAGCUAUACACAGAUGCCGAUACUUUCGGUGUUUCAUUUCCCAUGGAUUUGCAUGUCAACAUGAAGGCUACCCUCAUUGGUGCAGUGUUUCUCAUCGAUUUCAUGUUCUUUGAGCAGAACCAACGAAACGCGAGUGACCGCCGAUCGCAAUUUUAAGAAGAUUUUUCCUUUAACUGUACGCAUAACUCUGUCUAAAAUUUUCGCAACAGUAUCCCUUUUGGCUUCCCACUGUUUCCCAAUACAAGUGUGACGUCA